CCCCCCUAGGCUACUCGUUGAGCCUCGGCCUGGACUAUACGCAGACCGUUUGUGUGCAGGAAGAGGCAUCAUGCUCCAGACCGUGUUUUCUUGGGCCCUGCCCAGACUGAGUCGACUGUCGGUGUGUCACUACUCUGCUGCCGCCAUCCCAGCACCCAGCACCCAGCCCGAGGUCCACUACAACAAGCUGUUCAUCAACAACCAGUGGCAGGAUGCAACGAGCGGGAAAACCUUCCCUACCAUCAACCCAGCAACCGGGGAGGUUAUCUGUCAAGUUGCAGAGGCUGAUGAGGCAGAUGUAGACAAGGCGGUCAAAGCAGCACGUAACGCCUUCAGGUUGGGGUCACCAUGGCGACGGAUGGAUGCCUCUCAUCGCGGCCUGCUACUCACCCGACUGGCUGAUGCCAUUGAGAGGGAUUCUGCAUACCUCGCUGAGCUGGAGACCCUGGACAACGGGAAGCCUUACGCUGUUUCCUACACCGUGGAUCUGCCCAACGUGGUCAAAUGUCUCAGGUACUACGCUGGCUGGGCUGACAAAUGGGAGGGAAAGACCAUCCCCAUCGAUGGAGAUUACUUCUGCUACACUAGACAUGAACCCAUCGGAGUGUGUGGACAGAUCAUACCGUGGAACUUCCCUCUGCUGAUGCAGGCCUGGAAACUGGGCCCAGCUCUGGCGACAGGUAACACAGUGGUGAUGAAGGUUGCAGAGCAGACUCCGCUCACAGCUCUCUACGUGGCCAGUCUCAUUAAAGAGGUGGGCUUCCCUGAAGGGGUUGUGAACAUCCUGCCUGGCAUGGGGCCGUCAGCUGGCGCUGCCAUUGCAAAGAACAUGGACGUUGACAAGGUGGCCUUCACUGGCUCUACAGAGGUGGGUCAUCUAAUCCAGCAGGCGUCAGGCGGCAGUAACCUGAAGAAGGUCACUCUGGAGCUGGGAGGGAAGAGCCCUAACAUCAUCCUGUCUGACGCCAACAUGGAAGACGCAGUGGAACAGUCGCACUUCGCUCUGUUCUUCAACCAGGGUCAGUGCUGCUGCGCCGGCUCUCGGACCUACGUCCAGGCUGACAUCUACGAUGAGUUUGUGGAGCGGAGCGUGGAGCGAGCUAAGAGACGAGUGGUGGGAAACCCCUUUGACUUAAAGACCGAGCAGGGACCGCAGGUGGACCAGGAGCAGUUCAACAAGAUUCUGGGCUACAUCAGCAGCGGGAAGAGAGAGGGAGCCAAGCUGAUGUGUGGAGGAGGAGUGGCUGCAGACAGAGGAUACUUCAUCCAGCCCACUGUGUUCGGAGACGUCCAGGACGACAUGACCAUCGCCAGGGAGGAGAUCUUUGGUCCAGUGAUGCAGAUCCUGAAGUUUAAAAAUCUGGAGGAGGUGGUGACGCGAGCCAAUGACACUAAAUAUGGUCUAGCAGCCGCUGUGUUCACUAAGGACAUCGAUAAAGCCCACUACGUCUCCAAUGGGCUGCGUGCCGGCACAGUCUGGAUUAACUGUUAUGACGUGUUUGGGGCCCAGGCUCCGUUUGGAGGUUACAAGGCCUCAGGUAACGGCAGAGAGCUGGGAGAGUACGGUCUAGACAACUACACAGAAGUCAAGACGGUGACCAUCAAGGUGCCACAGAAGAACUCUUAGACGUGUGCAGCUGUGAACAGGAGACAGGAAACAGCUGAGAAGAGAUGUCAGACUGAGAGUGAAUCUGCUUUAUGUCACAUGCUCAUAACAAACCUGCUGAAGCAGGAAGAAUCCCAGUGAGCUCUGUGGUUAAUGCACAGACUUUAAAUUUACAUCCUGACUAAAUCAAAAUAGUGAAUAAAAACUACUGAGUGUAGAAAGCUCUGCUCUUCAGGCCUGAAAUUCUCCACCUGAUUUAAAGUAAUCAUAAAACUAUACAGUCACAGUCUUUGUUUGUAAUAUGUGGGCUCAGAGAUUUCUUAUUUUUCAGAAUAAAAGCAUCUGAGGCA